UGGUUUGAACUUUAUUGAUUUGAUGGUGCGACAGGGGAAUAUCGACAACCCUCCUAAGACGCCGCUUGUUCCUGGGUUUGAGUGCUCUGGAAUUGUAGAAGCUUUUGGAGAUAGCGUGAAAGGAUUCGAGAUUGGAGACAGAGUCAUGGCUUUUGUAAACUACAGUGCAUGGGCUGAAGUAGUCUGUACCCCCGUAGAAUUUGUCUACAAGAUCCCAGAUGAUAUGAGUUUUUCUGAAGCUGCUGCAUUUCCCAUGAACUUUGUAACUGCCUACAUGAUGCUCUUUGAAGUCGCUAACCUAAGAGAAGGCAUGUCUGUGCUGGUUCACUCGGCAGGAGGGGGAGUGGGUCAAGCCGUCGCUCAGCUCUGUUCAACUAUUCCCAAUGUUACUGUUUUUGGAACAGCUUCAUCUUUCAAACACGAAGCAAUCAAAGACUCGGUAACUCAUCUGUUUGACAGAAAUGCAGACUAUGUUCAAGAAGUAAAAAGAAUCUCGACAGAUGGAGUAGAUAUUGUUUUGGACUGUCUUUGUGGAGAAAAUACUGGAAAAGGCCUCAGUCUUCUCAAACCACUUGGGACUUACAUUUUAUAUGGUUCAUCUAACAUGGUUACUGGGGAGACAAAAAGCUUCUUCAGUUUUGCAAAAUCAUGGUGGCAGGUUGAGAAAGUAAAUCCUAUCAAGCUGUACGAGGAGAACAAAGUCAUUGCUGGAUUUUCCCUGUUGAAUCUACUUUUCAAACAGAAUCGAGGUGCCCUGAUCAAGAGCGUGAUGGACAAACUCCUAAAUCUAUAUAACAGUAAGAAGAUCAAGCCUGUGGUUGAUUCAUUGUGGGCUUUGGAAGAGGUGAAGGAGGCCAUGCAGAGGAUCCAUGACCGAGGAAAUAUAGGAAAACUAAUUCUGGACGUGGAGAAGGCCCCCACUCCCCUGAUGGCCAACGACAGCACAGAGACAAGCGAGGCUGGAGAAGAGGAGGAAGACCACGAAGGGGACAAUGAGAACAAAGAGCGCAUGCCCUUCAUCCAGUAA